GCGCGACCACGCUGGGAGCACGCCCCGCCCACGCCGCGCCCCCCCUGCGCUGGGCGCACGUCCCGCCCACAUCCCCAGCUCCGUGCGCCCCACCCCGGAUGUCCACCCCUCACUGACCGGAGUCCGAGGACAUGGCGAACCAGGUUAUCAAGUGCAAGGCUGCAGUUGCCUGGGAAGCAGGAAAACCUCUCUCUAUAGAGGAGGUAGAGGUGGCACCCCCAAAGGCUCAUGAAGUGCGAAUCAAGAUUAUCGCCACUGCAGUUUGCCACACCGAUGCCUAUACCCUGAGUGGGGCUGAUCCUGAGGGGAGUUUUCCAGUGAUCUUGGGACAUGAAGGGGCUGGGAUUGUGGAAAGUGUUGGCGAAGGAGUUACUACCCUGAAGGCAGGCGAUACUGUCAUCCCGCUCUACAUCCCACAGUGUGGAGAAUGCAAAUUUUGUCUAAACCCUAAGACAAACCUUUGCCAGAAGAUAAGAGUUACUCAAGGGAAAGGAUUAAUGCCAGAUGGUACUAGCAGAUUUACUUGCAAAGGAAAGACAAUUUUACAUUACAUGGGAACCAGCACAUUUUCGGAAUAUACAGUUGUGGCUGAUAUCUCUGUUGCUAAAAUUGAUCCUUUAGCACCUUUGGAUAAAGUCUGCCUUCUGGGUUGUGGAAUUUCAACUGGUUAUGGUGCUGCUGUGAACACUGCCAAGGUGGAGCCUGGCUCUACUUGUGCCGUCUUUGGCCUAGGAGGAGUUGGAUUGGCGGUUAUCAUGGGCUGUAAGGUGGCUGGUGCAUCCCGGAUCAUUGGUGUGGACAUCAAUAAAGAUAAAUUCGCACGGGCCAAGGAGUUUGGAGCCUCUGAAUGUAUUAACCCCCAAGACUUCAGUAAACCCAUCCAGGAAGUGCUCGUUGAAAUGACUGACGGGGGAGUGGACUACUCCUUUGAGUGCAUUGGUAACGUGAAAGUCAUGAGAGCAGCGCUAGAGGCCUGCCACAAAGGCUGGGGAGUCAGCGUGGUGGUUGGAGUAGCUGCUUCAGGUGAAGAGAUUGCCACUCGCCCGUUUCAGCUGGUAACAGGCCGCACGUGGAAAGGCACUGCCUUUGGAGGAUGGAAGAGUGUGGAAAGUGUUCCAAAGUUAGUAUCCGAAUAUAUGUCCAAAAAGAUAAAAGUUGAUGAAUUUGUGACUCACAAUCUGCCUUUUGACCAAAUUAAUGAAGCCUUUGAACUGAUGCAUGCAGGAAAGAGCAUUCGAACUGUUGUAAAACUUUAAAUUCAACAGAGAAAAUAUGUCCAUCCUUUCACCUAAAUCUUGUGGUCCAACUGGAACAACCAGACAAGCAGGGAGAAGCUCUUCCACGAUCAGUCUCUUAGACCUUCUCUACUACUACUUCUAGAGUAACCUAUUCUAGGGAGUGAUAUUUUGUGUAUAAUUCAUACAUCUCUAAUCAAGGACAAAGCUGAUAACAGUCCUAAAUUAGCUUUCUGAACUCUCCUUCACAUGAAUAAUUGCUAGCUUAUUAAGAAAUAGUCUAACAUAAUAAAAGUAAUUUCUGCAUA